AUGAGUUACGACAAUCUCGGCACGCAGCUGGACCUCUUCAAUGUCAUCGAGCGGACGAGCUCGGUGUUAUCCCUUGUGGGAUGUGUUUUCAUCAUUGUGACUUUCUGUGUGUCGGACGCUUUCCACAAACCAAUAAAUCGUCUUGUGUUCUAUGCUUCAUUCGGCAAUAUGCUCACGAAUGUAGCCACACUCCUUGCCAGGACUUAUGUCGAUGUUCCUGAUUCCGCCGGUUGCCAGUUCCAGGCGUUUCUGAUUCAAAUGUUCAUGCCCGCUGAUGCUUUCUGGAUAUUGGCGAUGGCCAUCAACGUCUAUCUGACUUUCUACUUUAAGUUCGACGGGCAGAAGCUUCGGAAGAUGGAGAUCCCAUACUUGCUUUUCUGCUAUGGGGUUCCGUUUGUGGUGGCCUUGGCCUUUAUUUUCGUAUCAUCCCCAUCGAAGGGCAAGAUCUACGGUGAUGCCGCAUUAUGGUGUUGGGUUAAGAGAGAGUGGGACAUUUUCCGAAUCAUAACAUUUUACGGACCCGUUUGGGCGGCGAUCGCCGUUACAACUUUCAUCUACAUCCGCGCCGGGCGGGAAAUUUACAGGAAGCAUAAGCAGCUCAGAGAGUUGAACUACACAAGUCACUACGAACCUGAACCAAUGCCAAUGGACGACGCCUUCAGCACUAAGACCACUGAGGUAUCAGUCACCUCUGAGAUAGUCACAACGACGCAGAACAGCACCGUUGGCCUCACACCUCUCGACCGAUCUUAUCGUGACAGUUCAGCAGCUGGACAAUCCAAGCCAUCUGCAUAUUCGGUUUCAAUCUCCGCAACUGCACCCAAGACGCCAGCAGCGACAGCAGCGACAGCCAGCAGCAACCUCAAUAUUGACAACCACACACAGCGCUCCUCUCGUAGGAAGGCCACAUAUGAGGCCAACAACGCAGCGUGGUCGUAUACCAAAUGCUCGAUCCUGUUCUUUACGGCUAUUCUCAUAACAUGGAUCCCUUCAACAGCAAACAGAGUCUACAGCGUUGUGCAAACCGACGGAGCAAGCCUCCCCCUCGAAUACAUGUCAGCUUUUGUGUUGCCGCUGCAAGGCUUUUGGAACGCUGUAAUCUACAUAGUCACGAGUUGGAAGGCAUGCAAGAAGCUCAUGGAUGAUAUUCGACAUUCCUUCCAGGGCUCGCCGAAGACGGAUGCACCGAUUCGGGCGACAAGCAGAUCCCGGCUGGGAGUCCCUCCUGGACGGCGCGACAAUGCAUCUGUUCCUGCCAGGAAUGGAACAUUUGAGAUGAUGAGCAAGGGGCGGAACUUGAGGACGAUGUCGGAGGACAGCUCGGCCUCUGAGUCCACAGAAGAGCUGAGGCGCGGAGCGGCCUGA